UGAACUUCAACCAACUCUUGAGGGUUUUCAAAUUACUUUCACCUGACUGAUCCAGACCGGGUAACAGCAUGCCUGUCGUGGAGAGAGAGCCGCCGAAAGGCCGCAGGGAAAGCUAUGUCCUGCCCAAGGUGCCUGUCCCACCCCUGAAGCAGACCCUGGACAUGUACCUGACCAGUAUUAAACACCUGGUGAAGGAGGAACAGUACCAGAAGACUAAAUCCAUCGUGGAGAAGUUUGGAGAACCAGGCGGCACUGGAGAGCUGCUGCAGGACAAGCUACUGGAGAAGAGCAUCAACACACACAACUGGGUAUAUGACUACUGGCUUGACGAUAUGUAUUUGAAUCAGAGAUUGGCCCUACCAGUCAACUCCAAUCCUGCCAUGGUCUUCCCAAAACAAGACUUUAGAGAUCACAAAGACUCACUCAAAUUCGCUGCUCACCUCAUCACAGGAGUUCUGGAGUAUAAGAAACAUAUUGACACACGGGCGUUGCCCGUGGACUUUUCUCGGGGCCAGCUGGCUGGAACCCCUCUGUGUAUGAAGCAGUACUACCGUCUCUUCAACACAUACCGUCUGCCCGGCCUCAAGAGGGACACCCUCGUCAUCCACGAGACUGGGUCCACUGAGCAGGAGCACAUCAUCGUUGCAUGCAAGAACCAGUUCUUUGUGAUGGACCUAGUGGUAAAGGAGAAAACACUGAGAGAAAUGGACAUCUCAAGCCAACUGGAGAAGAUCGUAAAGAUGGCAGAGAACACGGAGGAGAGACAGCCUCCUUUUGGUCUGCUGACGUCAGAUGGAAGAACAGAAUGGGCCCAGGCUAGAGACGUGCUCAUUAAAGAUUCAGUUAACAGAGAGUCGUUGGCUGUGAUCGAGAAGUGUCUGUGCGUGGUGUGUCUAGACGACCCCAGUGGGAUGGAGGUUGGGGAUACCAGCCGAGCCCUGCUGAUGCUCCAUGGAGGAGGCCAUGAGAAGAUGGGGGCAAACCGCUGGUAUGACAAGCCAAUGCAGUUUGUUGUAGGGGAGGACGGAGUCUGCGGCACGGUGUGCGAGCAUUCACCCUUCGAGGGAAUAGUUCUCGUGGCGUGUACCGAAUACCUGAUGAAAUUCAUGACAGGAAGUCCCUCCAAGAUAGGGAGGGCCACCAGCGUGUCGGAGCUUCCUGCUCCUCGCAGACUGCUCUGGAAGACCACGCCCCACAUCCAGGGCCUCCUGAAGGCUUCUGCUGAGAGACUGCAGAGGCUGGUUAGAGAUCUGGACAUGGAUGUACACAAGUUUGAGGUCUAUGGAAAAGAAUUCAUCAAGAAGCAGAAGAUGAGCCCAGAUGCGUACAUACAGGUGUCUCUACAACUGGCAUUUUACAGACAGGAUUCAGAAAAGAUUAAACGAUUGUGGGAUGCGAUUAAUGCCCAGACAAAUUCCACAAUUGCAGCUAUUACAGGGAUGGGAAUAGACAAUCACCUUCUAGGACUCAGAGAGAUCUCACAGGAGAUCCAUAUGGAGAUGCCAGAGAUCUUCACAGAUGAAACCUACGUGGCCAGUAACCAGUUCAUUCUAUCCACCAGUCAGGUCCCCACCACAGUGGAGAUGUUCUGUUGUUACGGCCCGGUGGUUCCUAACGGUUACGGGUGCUGCUACAACCCACAGGAAGACCACCUCCUCUUCAGCGUGACCAGCUUCCACGGCAGCACCGAGACCAGCUCGGCCGUUUUUAUCAAGGCUCUGGACGAGGGCCUCGUAGAGAUGAGGGAUCUGUGCAAGACGAGCAAUAAGCCUCCGAGCAACGCUGCUGCUGCCUCGAAGGCGGUUGAGAAAAGCCAAGGAGCUGGCAGCAAGCCUCAGAGCAACACUGCUGCUGCCUCGAAGGCGGUUACACCUCAGAAAACAGGGAAAUAAGUAAUACUGAGAUAUCAUUACGGUGUCCGUAUUUGACCAGCCUCAGUAGUCACACUCAACUUCCCACAGAUUACGGUGUCCAUAUUACAACAUCCUCAGGAGUUACACUCAACUCCUGACACGUGUCCAGGUACGUGGUGAAAGUAGCGUUAGCUAGUUGUCCUGUGUGUAUAUUUUGGUGUUUGUGCGAUAAAAGUUGAUGUUUCUACGACUUUAUCUCUCGAGUCAAUAUGAAUCGUUAACUAUGUAACAAUGUACAUUAAAACUAAAUAAGGAAGGAAACAUAUAGAUGUAGAAAAUACGAUGUAGACGCUCUCAUUCACCAUCGGUACUCUGUGGGAGUCUAGACAGAGCACAGCUCACUAGUCUGGUAAAUAGGAAACUAAAGCCAUGCCGGCUAUUUCAGCACUGUAGUGACGGACAGCUCCUCUUACUUACUCCUGAAUGAUCUCAGCGUAUGUAGGCUCAACGUACUGUUUAUUCAGCUUUGUCGAAACAACUCCUAAAUAUAUAUAUAUAUAUAUAUAUAUAUAUAUAUACCGGAAUAUAUCGUUAUCAAUAUAUUCACAUUUAUCGUGCAAACAUUGAUCAUAUUGUAACUAAUGGGAUUCAUGUCCGGACGGCAACCUAACCCAUAGGGAAAGAGCAAAAGUAGGAACUAGGUUUAAUAUCAUCACUAUAAUGAUGCUGCCAAAGAGGGAUAUCUAUCUAGUAAAGUCUAAAGCAGGGCUCUCCAACCCUGUUCCUGGAGAGUUACCCUCCUGUAGGUUUAUAUCAGGGCUCUCCAACCCUGUUCCUGGAGAGGUACCCUCCUGGAGGUUUUAACUCCAACCCUGUUCC